AUGGAAGGUCAAUCAGAGAGUGAGCAGAAAGCCGGUUCCAAGGCAAAUCAAAUUGAAAUUAGACAGCUGUCAGAGGAAUUAAAGGGUCUUGUCGAUGCUCGACAAAAAUGGCUUGCCUCUACAACUCAUUUUGUGAAACAGGGUGAUGUCUACUUGAACAUCGACAAAACAUUCAAACAGGAAUUCAAAGUUUUAAUUGAUAAAUUGAACCACCCGCAAUCUGCACAAGUAUCUUUAUUCCGUACUGAAGACAACAACAAACCAACCCGUGUCCACGAUAGCCGCCUUAAACGCAUACUAUAUAUUUAUCCGCUUCACAUAUCGGAUGGUCUUACGAAGGUACACUCCGAGUAUCCUGGGUCCCCGGGUUCGAUAUCAAAAGAAAUUCGUGUUGGAACAUCUGUCGUUUUCCGGGAUCAUGUUUUUAUUGAUGGCGUAUUGAAUUUCCUUAUGAUCGGUGUGCCACGGGAGGAUGCUGAACAUUUCCAGCAUACGAAUAAAGAAGGAAUGGCAGAAGAAAGGAACGAAAACCCGAAAUAG